AUGGUAAAAAAUCUUCAAGGAUUACAAAAAUUAUACAUGUAUCGUGGUUUUACCUCGGAUUUAAUAGUUAAAAGUCUUAUCCCGCAGAUACCAAGACUUCGUAAAUUGGAUUUGGGAAUCAGUAAACCAAAAAUUACUGAUGUUGGCGCAGAUAUUAUUGCUCAAUAUUGUCCAAAUCUGGUUCACCUCUCUUUGUCAUUUAGUCUAGUUACAUGUGAAGGUCUAAAGAAUAUUGGGCAAGGAUGUAAAAAACUUUCAUUUCUUGAUUUAAGUGGAUGUUGUAACAUUGGUCAUGGACUUUAUGAUGUAUUAAAAUAUUUUACUGAAUUAAAAACCAUUUACCUCAAGUCUUUAUUACAGAUAUCCGGAAAAUCCUUUUCUACUAUCAUUAAAUCUAAUAUUGAACACGUUUCAUUUUUUAGUAGUAAGAUUUUAGAAGCAGAAACUUAUGAUGUUCCUUCUAAAGAAGAUAAAUCUUAUUCAAAAGUGAAAAAGUUGAUUUUGGAUUAUUGUGAGAUUUCAAAUAAAAAUCUAAAGCAAAUCGCCCAUUGGUCUAAAAAUUUGGAACAUUUAGAUAUUAGUUUAGUUUAUGAUGCUGAUGAUGAGAUAUUACAAUUUUUAUGUGAUAAUUUAGAAAAUUUGAAGUUUGUUUUAGCGAGGGGUUGUUAUAGAAUUAGCCAAGUCAAACAAGCUGAAUUAAAUAAGCAUCAAAGGAUCAAGUUUAGUUUCUAA